AUGAACGAACAAGUGAACAUAAUUGAAAAUGCAAAUAAAGUCAUGGAUGAAUCAAACGACAACACAAGUGAAGGCGAAACUUACACAACGAAGAUAGCGGGUUUUAUGAAGAUGUGUUACUCUAAAACAGUGGAGUACGUUUACAUGUUUGUUGGAACAUACAUAAGCACAGUAAAGGAGGAUCAUGAUGACAAUAUUAAAUCAGAAACACUCGAUAAGCAGGAUAAAGAGGAAGUGGAAGAGAAAAAACUAAGCAAUCGCAUAAAAACAAUACACAUAAAAGAGAUCAUCGUAAUAUGUGCUGGUUGGGUCCCUGUGGCCUUAGAACUCAUGCUGCAUAAAGGCAUUUUUAUAAAAAUUCCAUCAAUUUUGAUGUAUUUGUUGUUUGCAGCAACAGCCGUCUUGAUAUCUGGGCUCGAUAUACACAGCAAUUACGGUAAGUUAAAGGAAGGAGGUAUUUGGGAUGCAAUCUCUACGGAAAAUAUGCUUUUGGUGAUUGAGAUAGUGGCAAUCAUUGUUUCUAUAGCAUCGUUUGCAGAUGCAUGGAGGAGAAAAAAAUCAAAUGUCGCAAUUGAUAUUAAGAAGCUUUCAUCAAUUGCUAUGAUGAUAUAUCUUUCAAGACUUCCACGAAAGCUUAUGAGACUCAAGACCUGCGACUAUCCAUUACGCAUGAUUACUUUCCCAAUCGCUUGUGUGGCUAUUUUGUCCAUAAUUAGCGUUGCUGCAUUCGCAUCUGAUAGGUUCUCACCAUACUAUCCAAUGAUUUGUCUUUGUGUGUCUACAAUAAUGCUAUUAAAUAAUGCAGUGAGAGAUACAGAAAUCGACAGUGAUGAAGAUAAUACACAUGAUGUGAAGAAGUAUUUGAAACAGAACAAGCAUGCCGUAAUCAACGUGGUUGCAACAAUUCUUGCAAUCCUAACCAUCUAUGGAUUAUACAAGAUCAACAUUGAUGUCUUUAGUGCUCUUAAAACUUCAAGUAUGGACUUCAAACAAGAAGGAGAAUAUUAUGAUCUCUAA